AUGAGCAACAGAGGAAGUUUCCGUGGCUCCGCUCGUGGCGGUGCCCCUAGAGGUGGAGGUUUUACAGGCAACCGAGGUGGAGGGCCCGGAGGUGGAAGUUUCGCAGGCAACCGAGGUGGAGGGCCCGGAGGUGGAAGUUUUUCAGGCAACCGGGGUGGAGGGCCUGGAGGUGGGGGUUUCCGAGGUGGUCCGCCCGACCGAGGUGCCUUCAGGGGUGGCUAUGCCCAAAGCGGUGGUGGUCAACAACGUGGUCCAGGCGGUGGGCCAACAGGUGCAGGGGCUCCUGGAGAUAGGAUUUUCGGAAGCCCUGCACCUGUUGACCAACGCCUUCAGGCCUCAGACGCACUUGUACAGGUUCUGAAGAAGUUGCCAUACAGUCCAGAGCGUCCUCACCGCCCCGGUUUUGGUACACUGGGAACUCCAAUUACAGUGCGGGCGAACUUCUUCGCAGUCAAGUUCAAAAAACAGUUCAUCUAUGAUUACGCCGUCGCAAUCACUCCAGACAACAAAGCGAAGCAUCCUCAAUGGCGCGAAUUCGUGCCGUUCAUCGUCCAUGACAAAAGUGCCAAGUUGGUUUCGGCCAAGGAACUUCCACGGUCGUUGGAGGUUCCAGUCGUAUUCACUGAAGAGGGCGAGACUCGGCCUUCCCCGCCCGAGGAUAAAUACACGUUCAAGUUUGAGUUGAAACACAAGCUGGACACCCGUGAAUUGGACAGAUUCCUGAACGGUGAAACAUCACUCCGCAACUAUGAUUUCUCUCUCGUGAUGGCGGCAUACAAUUUAGUACUGCAGUCUCAUGCUUCCCGCAAUGGAGUCCGUAUCGGGGGCAAAGGCGACAGUGGUGGUCGACACUUCUUUUCUCCUAGAGAGGGGGAAAGAUUUGAUCUCUCUUCAGGGGUGGUGGCGUGGAAGGGCUUUUUCAUGUCUGCUCGCCCUGUCUACAAGGAGUUGAUGGUGAACAUUGGAGUUUGUAUGACUCCUUUCUACGAACCUGGUAACUUGGCGGAUGCCAUCCUCCAGUUUCAGGGGCGUUCUCAAGGCGCUGCACUACAAAGAUUCGCCCAGAAGCUGAAGGUUACGACAACGCACCUCGGCUAUAAGAGCACCAAGCAGUUACAGAAGAUCGCGACCACAUCUGCAAGGAAGACGUUCUUUCCAUGUGACGAGUUCAACAACCCCAAGAUGUCUGUCGAAGAUUAUUUCAAAAGAAAGUACAAGAUCGCGUUGAGACACGCGGACGACCUUCCUGUUGUCGAUCUAGCUGGCAAGAAUGCGAAGCAUCCCAUCUACGUUCCCGCUGAAUUGUGCCAAAUUGCAAGUGGCCAACCGUUUAGGGGGAAACUCAGCGAGACCGAAACACAGAAGAUGAUUCGCUAUGCGUGCAAUCCUCCGGCGGACAAUGCUCGCGCCAUUACCGGUCGUGGACUUGCCGAUCUCGGCUUGAGCCAGACCAACAAUACGGUCCUUCACAACUUUGGGAUCGAGAUUGAUCACAACAUGACCGUUAUUCCCGCUCGGGAAUUGCCACCGCCAAAAGUCAACUACGCCGCCGGUCGUCCUCCGAAUGUCAGAGACGGUAGCUGGAACAUCUUGGACGUUAAGUUCCAUCAAGGCGCGACGGUUAAAUCGUGGUGUGUUCUUGUGGUUCUCGAUGGCCGACCAGCCUUCGGUGGCAAUCCAAAUGACCAAACCUUGACGUCAGUAUGGCAAGGGUUUGCCGAGAAGUGCCGGCGUAGCGGUAUGAAGGUGGAGAAGGAUCCCAAAGUUUUAUUCACUCCCCAGCUUCCGCCGCAGGCAGGGGAUCCCAACCGCCAACGGGCUCUCAAUAUGAUCCGCCAGACUAUUGUCGGAAGCAACAAUCCACGAGACAAGCCGUCCUUUAUCCUCGUACUCUUGUCGGGACGGGAUAAUUUCAUUUAUCCAGGCAUCAAGCGGCUGUGUGACGUGGACCUGGGUGUUCACACCCUUCACAUGUUAACUGAGAAGGUUUUGAAGGAUCAACGCAAGCAGGAUCAGUACUUCUCGAACGUUGCUCUUAAACUCAACAUCAAGUUAGGUGGUACUAACCACUUACUGGACCCCGCAAGCACCAAAUGGCUCACGCAGAAAAAGACAAUGGUAUUGGGUAUGGACGUAACCCACCCGAGUCCAGGUAGUCUUGAAGGCACUCCGUCUAUUGCUGCGGUUGUGGGAAGUGUCGACGAUAAAUUCGUCCAAUUCCCUGCGAGUUUACGCUGCCAAGAGUCAAAGAAAGAGAUGAUGGGCGAAAAAGGAACGGAAUCAAAGAAAGAGACGAUCACCCAUUUGACUGAAAUGAUCACCGAAAGAUUGCACCGAUAUCGAGAGGUCAGUAAAGCCUUACCGGAUCGCGUCUUCGUGUAUCGCGACGGUGUAUCGGAGGGUCAGUUCGACCAGGUUUUGGAAGUGGAGCUCCCUGAUAUCCUGGAUGCCUUCCGGCGUGUGCCUCCCGGUGUUAACGGGGGGAAGCCGUAUCGCCCUGCACUGACCAUCAUCAUCUGCGGGAAACGUCACCAUGUGAAAUUCUUUCCUGACAGGUCCGAGUUUGCUGACAGGAACGGUAAUACUCGCCCUGGAACUGUCGUCGAUAAGGGCAUCACGUCCAUCUUUGACUUCGAUUUCUACCUCCAAGCACACGCAGGCCUCCAGGGCCAUGUCAAAGGCACCCAUUACACCGUGGUGUACGAUGAGAACAGACUCGGGGCCGACGAAGUUCAACAAGGUCUAAACACCGCAAGUUACUUGUAUGCGCGUGCGACCAAGGCCGUGAGUCUCGUACCCGCAGCCUACUACGCCGAUUUGGCAUGCGAACGUGGUCGCUACUAUCUCAACGAAUUCCUCAAAGCAGACGACAAGUCGAGCACUCUGGUCUCGAGAGGGAGUGGUCAGUCUAAGCAAGCGAAAGAAGAGGCUAGGCGUAAAGUGUACGACGAUGCGGUGAAAGCAUGGGGUACGGGCGUGCAUCGAGAUUUGAAGAAUUCCAUGUUUUACAUUUGA